GCACUCAUUUCUUCAACCAAAGAAAAAAAGAUGGAGGGAUUCAACAUGAAAUCCUUUACAUUAAAACUAAUCAAGGGUUCAUGGUUCAUGAUGUUUGCAUCGUUUCUAAUCAUGUCGAUGGCGGGCAUCCCGUACAUGUUCGGUUUAUACUCGAGCACCAUAAAGACUGUAUUAGGAUACGACCAAACAACUCUAAACUUUAUAAGUUUCUUUAAAGACGUUGGUACGACGGUUGGUGUCGUAGCUGGGUUAAUCAACGAAGUAACUCCACCAUGGUCGAUUCUAGCCAUGGGAGCUGCCCUCAAUUUCUUCGGCUACUUCAUGAUUUGGCUAUCCGUCUCGAAGAAAAUCUCAACCCAUGUUUGGUUAAUGUGUCUCUACAUCUGCGUGGGGGCGAACGCGACGACGUUUGCCAACACGGGGGCGUUGGUGACGUGCGUAAAGAACUACCCACAACGUCGGGGAGUGGUGAUCGGUAUACUGAAAGGGUACAUGGGGUUGAGUGGGGCGAUUGUGACGCAGUUGUAUCAUGCGAUAUAUGGGAAAGACGAGAAGUCGUUGAUACUGUUGUUGGGGUGGUUGCCGGCAGCAGUGUCGUUGGUGUUUCUGCCGACGGUGCGGCGGAUGAAGGUGGAGCAUGAGGAGGAUGAGUUGAAGGUUUUUUAUAGGUUUUUGUAUAUAUCAUUGGGAUUGGCUGGGUUUUUGAUGAUUAUGAUAAUUUUGCAACAGAAGUUUAGUUUUGACAGAGGGGAAUUUGGAGGAAGUGCUGCGGUUGUUACGUUUUUAUUGCUUUUGCCUAUAGCGGUUGUUGUUGCUCAAGAGUUCAAGUCAUGGCGUCGUUUGAAUAAGCCGGCGGCUCUUGAAAAUGGCAUUUCUCCUUCUCCGGGUUCACCACCAUUAAAGAACACAACACCAAUAUCACUUCUACCAAAGAAACCAAAAUCUCAACAACAAGAACCCAUCAAAACCGAGUGGUGGAAAAAUGUGUUCAAUCCCCCACCAAGAGGAGACGAUUGGACCAUCCUUCAAGCUUUGUUCAGCUUUGACAUGUUCCUGCUCUUCCUCGCCACCGCCUGCGGCGUCGGUGGCACACUUACUGCCAUCGACAAUCUCGCUCAAAUCGGUCAAUCCCAAGAUUACCCCAAAAAAAGCAUCAGCACAUUCGUUUCCCUCGUCAGUAUCUGGAAUUACCUCGGCCGAGUCAUGGCCGGAUUCCUCUCCGAACAUUUACUAAUCAAAUACAAAUUCCCUCGUCCUUUAAUGCUCACAAUCGUUCUUCUUCUUUCCUGCAUUGCCCAUCUUUUAAUCGCCUUCAAUCCUUCAGGCGGUCUUUACAUCGCCUCUAUUUUGACCGGAUACUGUUACGGUGCUCAAUGGCCUCUGCUCUUCGCCAUUGUUUCAGAGAUUUUCGGGUUGAAAUACUACGCGACUCUCUACAAUUUCGGAUCGGUGGCUAGCCCAGUUGGGCUUUAUUUGUUGAAUGUGAAUGUGGCUGGGUAUUUAUACGAUAAGGAAGCGAAGAAGCAGUUGAGUAUGGCGGGGAAGAUUAGAAAAACAGGGGAGGAGUUGGUUUGUAAUGGGACGGUAUGUUUUAAGCUUUCGUUUGUGAUUAUUACUGCGGUGAGUUUGUUUGGAGCUUUGGUUUCUUUGGUUUUGGUGUUGAGGACUAAGAAAUUUUAUAAGAGUGAUAUUUACAAAAAGUUCAAAGAAGCAGAGGAGGCGGCGGCGGAAGAGGAAGAGGAGAAGAACGACGACGGCCGUGUGGUUAGAAAUGGUGGCGGUGGUUUGAUGGAGGAGACGAAACAUGGUCUUAAGCAAUGAUGAUAAUCAAUAAUGUCUAGAAAUUUUUAGAUUUGUUUCUUUUGUGUUUGGGGAAACUUUUGUUUGAAUUUGGAAUAUUGUAAUUGUAACGUUUGAAUUUCUAUAAAUUGGAAAUUAGAAUUAUUAGUGAAUGUACAUCAUUAGUAAUUUAAUGGAAAUGAAUUUGCAAA